AUGUUACUCACCGCCCUACCAAGUGAGCUGAUCCUGCAGAUCUUCGAGCAAAUCCCCGAUGCUCAAACAUUGCAGUCUCUUGCAUGCACUUGUAGCAACUUUCAGCAGAUUGCCGAGGUCUGCUUGUAUUCUCGCUUCCUUUUCACCAGACGCGAAUCUUUCAAGAAGCUCGUGGACUCUCUCAACAAGGACUCACAGCGAUACAAUCAUGUCCGUGAUGUGGAGCUCCGCUAUUCGACGCAGGCCUAUGAUUUCCUCAGCACAGAACCUAUGGAUCUCUGCGAAUUCCCCAACUUGCGAUCAUUUGUCUCUGAGAGCCCCUUCUGCAACGCUCACUCAUAUGUGGGCAGAAAGGAUGAAGGCAUAUGGAUUGCCGAUAUGAAGCAUUACCUGCAUGCUUUUGAGCGGGCGUCAAUACUCACUCCUGGCCCUGAGGACGGAACCUUGUCCAAACCUUUGAACAACUUGAAGUCAUUAACACUACACUGGACAGGAGGCUUGAAUGCCCGCUUCUGGACCACCACGCCGUCGUGUCCUAUCUUUUUACUCCCAAGCUUGAAGAAAUUGGAGAUCUCUUGCGUAAAGAUAAAGGCCUCGGAAAAUGACCAGGCCUUGCAACCCUUCGCAUAUCGGACAAACCUUGAAGAAUUGACAUUUACUGAGAGCCUCGUAACAACGGAAGCACUGGAACGCAUUCUGUCGUUGCCCAAGUCUCUUCGUAGCUUGACUCUCCAUGAAGUCUACCGUCACAGAUUCAAUGUGGGAACAGGCGACUACAGACAUCCUUUGGAUAACCUGGACGGAAUGCUCCGCGCUAUCUCCCAGCAAUCUGACAACCUACGAGUGCUUAAUAUUUUCGGCCCAAGUGUCAACGAUCUUCAGAUUGCUCAUCUUGAUUUGUCAACCUUUGCCUGCCUUACGCACCUGGGAUUGCGCAACACCUACAGAUACAGGCUUGAACAGCCACCACCAUCUCUUACCACAUUACGCAUUGAAGACUUCGCUGCCACAGCAAUGACUACGAGCAGACUAGAUAGCCUUUUAUCCGAAGUCAACAUCGUGGACUGUGUGGCGAACUGCGCAAACCGCCAAGAAACAUUGAAAUUGGAUUUGCGGCUACAAGAUGUCGCCAUCGUCAUGUUGAUUGGAGGACAUGGGCCAGAUGCGAGUCGGCCGCUGCGAGCGUUUGUUGACAACUUUGUCCAAGAGAUUGGGAAGCGCGUCGAGAUGCGGCAAAAUCGACACCUCAGUAGCUAUGGGACAAUUUCUCCUGACGCCCCCCAAACGUCGAUUUCUGCACCCUCGCCUCGUCGAACUUCUCCCUUGCGCCUUAGGCUGUUGACUGCAAAGCGCAUUAGAUACAUGCCUCCAUAUCUGCACACAGAGAAAAGGCCAAAAUGGGUGGUACGGUACGAUUCGGGCAUUCUUGCCCAUCCGUACUAUGAUGAGACCGGUGAUUUGAUUGGGAGUGAAAGUAGCGAAGAUGAGGAGAUGAACGAGAUUUUCAUGGCCCAUUGA